GUAAGGGGUACUUUUAGGAAGUGAGGAUUGUUUGGGGUGUCACUAUUCCUCGCCGUUCCGUCGUGCUGCACGGAGUCAUGAUGAAGACAGUUUUCCUCGUGGUGCUUGCCAUCUCACAGGCCAUCUCCCUCCCUGUCUACGAUCCAUAUGUGGAAUGGAUGGAACAGAAAGUAGAACAAUAUGACCACAUGCUGACACAGUUUAAGGAGACAAGCGUAAAGGAGGGCUUCAACAAGAAAGUAAGCCAGGACGUGGACCAUUUUACCAACCUUGUUACACUGGCGAAGGACCUUGGAUGCUCUCAGUUUGUGAAAUAUUUGGAUGAGGUUCCUCACCUAAAGAAGUUGCUUCAAAAUGACGGGCCAUUCACAAUCAUCCUUCCCACCGACGAGGCAUUCGCUGCACUCUCGCCCCACGGCAAGGUUGAGGUCAGGGACCAUCUGGCACAGAACCUCCUGGGUCACAUCGCCCGCGGGUUGGUCUACUCCUCGGAACUCUACAAUGAACGUCUCGUGCCAACGCUCCUGUUUUUCGAUGACAAAGAAGUCGAUUUGAGGUUUAACAUCUACCUCGAUGGAAAGGUAGUGACAGCUAGCGGAAGCAUUCUCAUCAAAACUGACCAGAACGCCACCAAUGGUGUGAUUCACGUGACAGACCGUGUCAUAUUACCCAUGCCACUUUAUGACAUCGUCGUCGAAAUGGCGGAGAUAAGGAACGCCACAGGGCUGAUGAUGUCGGCCGUUGGACUUGCGGGGGUUGCGGAAACCCUUGACGGUGACGGUCCCUUCACUGUGUUCGCUCCGAAAAACGAAGCAUUCGAAAAAAUGAGGAAUCCUUCCCUCAUGGAUCUGAUGAAGAACCGUACUGCGUUGAAAGAGGUUGUUCUCUACCAUAUCGUUGCUGGCACUAUAUAUGAGGCAGGACUUCGCGACGGUGAUCGCCUAACAACCUUGAAUGGCGGACAGCUUAGAAUUGAGGAGGAGGGUCCAGAUAAGGAAGGCGGCGACAGGGUGAACUUUAUUGAAGUCGCUUUUCCAGAUGUGGCGGCUACCAACGGAGUAAUCCACCUGCUAGCCGGUGUUCUCAUACCACCAGAAAUCAGGGCUGCUUACAAGAAGUCAUCACCAGAUACGAUAUUUGAAGAACUUUUAUCGCCGAGUUUGGUUUAAUUCUGC